AUGGAGCGCCUGUUGAGGGUUGGACGGCCCCUUAAACUCUUGUUUAUGGGAGCACCGGGGGCGGGGAAGGGCACAUACGCCACACGACUUGCGAAAGCCUGGUCGAUCCCUCACAUUUCCACUGGUGAUCUAAUCCGAGACGAAAUCAGAGCGAAGACGCCUUUGGGCAAUCUUCUGCAGCAACACGCGAACAAAGGCGACCUUGUUCCGGACGACGUGGUUACGGAAAUCUGUCGGAAACGUCUGCUGAAGUCGGACUGUGCAAAAGGGUGGAUUUUAGAUGGCUUUCCCAGGACAGUCAAGCAAGCUCUUGACCUGAGGGAACUUGGUCGUCCGUCGUUGUGUGUGCACAUCUUCUUGCCGGAUAACAUUUUGACGGCAAAGCUACUGGCACGGCGGAUAUGUGCUACAUGCGGCGCGAAUUUCAAUAUCGCGGAUAUUCGUUCUCCUCCCUACGACAUGCCUCCACUGCUUCCACCAGCCGACUGUACGCAGUGCCACGGAAAGCCAGAACUGAUUAAGCGGGAUGAUGACACCGAAGAAAUUGUGAAGAAUCGGUUAGCAGUGUAUAAGCGCGACACCGAGCCUCUUCUUCAGCUCUAUAGGGAAGAAGGAACAUUGUUGGAAUACCAUGUGAAAAAGGGGGUUAAAGACUUGCUUGAUUUGUCAAGUAGCAUUAUCUCACGUGUUGAACAGUUAGGUACACCGGCCUAA